GCGAAGGCUCUACGCACAGGCCAUCCUCGCAUGAAGACUUGACACACGUACAAGCACCCCGUGAGAGCCUGUUGCGAAGGCCAUCUUCGCGCGAAAAUAUACUGCAUAGGCCAUCUUCGCGCGAAAACAUUUUGCACAGACCAAGCUCCAGCGAAGGCACAAUGCAUAGCUUGGCCAGCCGCGAGAAUUUGAUGCGUAUAGACAAUACCGACCAGGCUGUGGGCGCCAUAUUUGUAUCGGGCAUGCUAGGCAAGCAAAUUUGCAGUCUCACUCGGCUGGCGAGCCACAUGGCUGGGUCAGAGCCCACCAUUUGCGCCUUUUUACUAGGGUACAUGGAGACUGACGGCACAGCACACCUGAACCAGUUGGAUCAGGGAAUCGAAUGCGACGGCCAGCGCGUGCCGACCUUUGUGCACGGCACGGACAUUGUUGUUCCGUUAUACCGGGGCUCUUCGAAGAGUCGGUUUUACGCCAGCAUUGUCAGGCCAGGAUUCAUGUGUAGGAUGGCUGCAUGGCUAAAUGACAGUGAUGCGGCUAGUGCUGGAGGGCGGACUGUCAAUUUUAUCAGCAUCAGGCUCGACAUACGCGUCUCAGUAAAUGCUGCCCCGGCUGUGGAUCUGGCAAGUUUGCCAGGGCUGCUUACACAUCUACACCAGGAACGUGGAAAUAAGAAUGGUGGCGGCAGCUGGGGUCGACUAAGCUGGGCGGAGCGUGUGGGUCGCUACGAGCACAAAAUCGGCCCACUUACUCCACCAGCAGACUCCAUCUGGGUAGAUGUCGGCGCCCACAACCCAAACCAAACCAUCGGCGACGCAUUUGUAAAUGCGGGCGCGCCAUGGUCUCUGCGUGUCGUCCAGGUCUGCCCGACCGACAGCCAUAGAUCUGCAACAUUGCGGCAUAACACGAUGACACCGGUCAGUGGCGAAUACAAUAUCACCGUUCACCUGGCUCCAAUGGAGCUGGCGGGAACGAGUCACUGGACGACGAGCACUGUUAAACUUAUGUCUGUAUCGCAAUGUGGAAAUAGUGUUCAUGAGGCCAUCCGCGAGAUGGCACGGCGCUCCGGAGUGUCAGUUGUUGAGAGAAACAGCUCACGAAUUCUUGAACCUGCAAGAAGGCCGCCGUCUAGACAGUACGAGUUACCGAUGCCCGCGAACAUACCAGAGACGACCCAGGCGCUAAUAUGCACCACUCCAAAGUACCCAGCCAGGACCAGCCUUAGCUCGAUCGGUGCUGCCAAUCUUACAGACACGGCGAUGGGAUGACUUCCAAAGCAGCCAGAUGUCCGAGCUGUUAAAUGAGCAGCGCAAUAUUCGCGCGCUGCUCGAGGAGCAGAACGGUCUGAUGAAGGUUCAUGUGUCGCAGACCCAGGAGCUGAUGCGUCUGGCCCACCAGCCGUCGCCGCAAACGGUUACAC